CAGGAAUUGAGAAGUAUCCCAGACUAGAUUUGUGGGUUUGUUCUGGUCUAGUGUGAACCAGGACUUCGUGGCUUGGCCCUUAAACCAAGGGGUCUCCAAAAGUGGCCACUUUAAGAUUUGUGGACUUCAACUCCCAGAAUUCCUCAGUCAGCCACGCUGGGAGUUGAAGUCCACAAGCCUUAAAGUGGCCAAGUUUGGAGAAGCCUGCUUUAAACCAUGAUGAAACUUAAUUUAUUUAGUGAUGUCCUGUGGUUGAUACAGGAAUCGAGGACCAGAAUUGUCGUUUUUGUCCCCACAUACCAAAGUGAAUGCAUGGAGGGAUUACAGAGAGUCCUUGUUUUAUGACCUCAAUUGGAUCGACCACAAUUUGGCCAUUAAAUGAGUCAGGUCCAAUAUCAUUUGCCACAGUCAUGGGGAAAAAAACCUCAGCUCCCCUCAUUGUUUUGCCGCUGUCCCUGGUCCUGAAAGUUAACAUCCAUCUCAGAGCACCCGUUGCCAAAGCCUGGUUUGUAAGUUAGGCUUAGUGCGUUAUGCAGUCCAGCCCCAAACUCUGGCUUAUGCCCUGAUACAUUACGUGAAUCCUGUUAAUGGUAGCUUGUUCAGCAAACCAUGGUUAAAAUAAAAGGCGGCUUGGAUCGGUGAACUCCGUCGGAUGCCUGCAAGAUCUGCCUUCUGAAGGGGUCUGGGCUGAGCCACCCAGUCGUAGAACUGUGGAGUUGGAAGGGGCCCUAAGGAUCAUCUAGUCCACCCCUCUGCAGGGUGCAGGAAAGGCAGCGCAACCCUCCUUGAGAGGCAGCUGUCCAGCUGUUCCUCAGAAAGGGAGAACCCACCACCUCCGCGGGGAGACCCUUUGGCCCUUACCAGAAGUCAGCAGAAGCAGAAGCAGCAGCAGGACGGAGGGGCCCAUCUUCAGCUACAAAGGUGGUAACACUGAAAAAUGGUCACAAGUCACCUUUUUUUUUUUUAAUGCCGUUGUAACUUCGAAAGGACACUAAAUGAAUGGUUGUAAGUUGAGGACUACCUUUACAGGCGAGGGGUGACUUUCCUGCAUCUGGUGAAACGCUUCGUGUGAAGGAGGAAUUAGAUAACUUUACUGCCUGGAGUAAUUUGUAAAAAUAAUAAAGGCAGGGUCCCAAAAAAAUCCAAAAUCUAAUCUAAUCCAUGGACCCCCCCUCAGAUUAUCCCAGAAUAAACCUGAGAAGCCUCGGCUUCUGUUUUCCAGAGCAUGGGAGGCCUGAAGGGAAAAACGGAGCUGUACUCUGCACUUCAUUUUAAUUUAUGCCCGCCUUGACGGAGGAAGAGAAUUGGAAGACACUGCUGGGGUGUGUGAAGGCUCCUUCCCCCCCCCCCUCCGUCCCCCUCCCCUUACCUGUUCCUGCAGUGCAACAGAGAGGAUUCUGGGCUGCAGAAGUCGAACGUGGCUCCCUGGAGGGGUUUAUAGAGGGCUCCAGAGGGGCCUCCCCCCCCAACCUUCGGGAAUUCAGCCCCGGAAAUUCUACUUCACUUUCAGUCUCUUUUGUGCUUCUUGGAACACCCCACCCUCCCAUAAACAGGAAGCCAGAAGGGAAUUUUUGACUGCAGCAUUUUGGGCAUCCCCAUUUCCCUGCAUAGUUCAACAAAGAUGAAAAAGCAAAUAUAGGAGAACUCGCUCAGCGCAAAAAAGAAAUCUGUUUGCGUGGAAGGAAGUCCCAGGUUAUCAUGCUGACUUUCCAUUAGUCAUCUUAUAUCUGUUUCACGACGACCCUGUGAGGCUGGACAGCUUUUCUGAAGCACCUGCAGGCAGGACAAAAAGUAACAUCAAAGAGAGAUUCAACCUAGAACUAAGAAAAUAUUUCCUGGCACUGAGAACAAUUACUCAGUGGAUCGGCUUUCUUUUGGAAGUUGUGGGCGAUCCAUCAUUUGAUGCCUUUAAAGAAGAGACUGGACAGCCACUUGCCCAGAAUUGCUUAGGGCCUCCUGCUUGAGCAGGGGCUUGGACUGCUAGAUGUUCUCCAAGGUCCCUUCCAAAUGUAUUCUGAGAUCCGUACUCAAAAUAAGGAGGAAUUUCCUGACAGUGAGAACAAUUUAUCAGCGGAACAACUUGCCACCAGAAGUUGCGGGUGCUCAUCAAUGGAGGUUUUCAGGAAGAGCUCCAUUUGUGUGAAGUAGUAUUGGGUCUCCUGCUUGAACAGAGCGUUGGACUGGAAGAUCCAGUCAGAGGCCCCGUCAGAGAAAUGUCAGCUGUCCAGGUCUUCUCAUGCCAUGCCUCCUCCCACCCCAAGCAUUCCAAAGUUCGUUGCAUCACAAUCAGGUCGCCUUCCAGAACAAAAUGCAGUGGUUCCAUCCAGUGGCGGAGAGUCACACAGCUUCGGUUUUGGACAAACCAAUCUGUGGGUUUUGAGUUUUCCCAGGGGGUCCCCAUGGAGCCUUCUGGAGCAGAGGAAAGAGCUGGGAGGUGACCAGCCGAGAGAGGUUCCCUGUUAUACCUGGGACAAGGUGUAUAGCCCAGUUGAGCCAUUGCAGGGCUAAAAUUGCAAGUUCCACUCGUCCGACUUCUGCUUCCUGCCUCUCUUGGUGUGGGUUUCCACUCCAGACUCUUUUUGCAAGGCGGGGAGGGGGCACUCCCAGAGAUGAGGCUGUUUCACGUAGCCAUGGUGCUGGGGGCGAGCGUGUUUGCCAUCACCACCAGCAGCCUGCUCAACUUCAAGCUGAUGAUCCAACGGAUCACGCAGAAGAACGCGCUCAUCUACUUCAACGGCUACGGGUGCUACUGUGGGAAGGGUGGGCGAGGGAAGCCGAAGGACCCCACAGACAUGUGUUGCUAUAACCACGAUUGCUGCUACGAAAAUUUGCAUCACCAAGGUUGCCACCCGUAUAUUGACCACUACAGAUACCUGAUUAUCAACAACAGGGUGCUGUGUAAGUAUAGGAACAGAACGGUAUGUGCCACCUUGGCAUGCGAGUGCGACAAACACGCCAGCUUGUGCUUCAAACAAGAAGCCCCAACCUACAACCGCAAACUGCGACAUUAUCCCGCAGUUAUGUGCAAAGAGGUGACCCCCAAGUGUUUUCCCGGCCCCGAGUUUUGAGAGGGGUGGACUCUGAUGGCUGCCAGAUGGACGGCAUUCAGCCUGGCCAGCGUUCCUCCACCUCUUCCCAGAGCCUCGGCCUUUUGGGGGCUUGUAAAUAGAGACUUGUGUGCGGGUUCUCCCAAACCUCAACCAAGGAUUGGAAGCCUUUGUGUGUGGUGUAAGCGUGUAUAAUAAACAUUUAUUUUUCUUUUAAA